AUGUGUGACGUGCCCUUCUUCCCAAUCUUCCCUAUUUGCUUCCAAUGCGGCACGGAUCAGAAUCCAUGCCACUGUAAGGUGGUUGGGCCGACACUAGGUGCGUCGAUCCUUGCCACAAUAUUAAUUACUAUCCAUCUAACCACCUCCUACUCCGUAGGAUUCCUCUCCACCGUUGUGGCUGCGGUGAGCGAGGCAGAUAUUACUUUGGCUGCUGUCUAG